AUGUCUCCGAAAGAAGGCUUCGAUGUCACGGCCGACAUCAAGAACCCAUCCGAGGUAGAUGAGGCCUCCGACAGAAGUUCUAUCGACUCCAAAAAUCCCUUCAAAGACCCCAAUGUUGCCGACUAUUACCGCAACUUGUACGAGAACGCAAAGUACGAAUCCCGCGAAGCAUUCGAUCCUGAGAUUGAAUGGACGGCCGCCGAGGAAAAGAGGCUUGUGAGACGUUUGGACCUCAGAGUCUGUCUCUUUGCGUGCGUUGCAUUCUUCGCAUUGCAACUCGACCGAGGUAACAUCUCGCAAGCCUUGUCUGACAACAUGCUCGACGACCUUGGCUUGACCACGAAUGAGUACAACUACGGCCAGAGUUUGUUUCGCCUGUCAUUCAUGGCAGCCGAGGUUCCUUCGCAAUUGAUCUCGAAGAAGCUAGGGCCAGAUAGAUGGAUCCCGAUCCAGAUGAUGUCCUGGUCAAUUGUUGCUGCUGCACAAGCUGCCCUUAGCGGAAGGGCCAGCUUCUAUGUCUGCCGAUGCCUCAUUGGUGCUCUCGAAGGUGGCUUCAUCCCGGAUCUAGUACUCUGGUUAUCGUAUUUCUACACAAGUACCGAAUUGCCCAUCCGCCUGAGUUUCUUCUGGACUGCAUUAAACUUGACCACCAUCAUCGCUUCGCUAUUAGCGUUCGGCAUCUUCCAUCUGGACAAUGCACAUGGUCUUGCUGGUUGGAGAUGGCUGUUCUUGAUCGAGGGUAUCUUGACCUUUGCGAUUGGAGUUUCCGCGGUCUUCCUCAUGCCGGCAUCAGCUGUACAGACGAAGACUUGGUUCCGACCUAAGGGUUGGUUCACAGAUCGAGAGGUCAAAAUUGUGGUCAACCGCGUUCUCAGAGAUGACCCAACCAAGGGUGACAUGCACAACAGACAAGCAGUUACACCCAAACUUCUGUGGGCAGCCUUGACAGAUUACGACUUGUGGCCUAUCUACACGCUCGGCCUCGUUGUCUUCAUACCUCAAACCCCCGUCACCAACUAUCUGUCAUUGACACUUCGACAACUAGGCUUCAGCACCUUCAACACCAAUCUUCUCACUAUCGUGCCCAAUGCAGUCACCAUUAUCACACUACUCUCUCUGACAUGGCUAAGUGAGAAGGUCAAAGAGCGUUCCUUCAUCGCCGCUAUACAGAACAUAUGGCUGUUGCCCUGUCUGAUCGCUCUAAGAUGGUGGCCUGGCUCAGGCACAGAUGUAUGGGGCACAUAUGCACUUCUAGUCGUUCUGCUUGGCUAUCCAUAUUGCCAUGCCAUCCUCGUCGCAUGGACAUCUCGAAACGCUGGCUCGGUCCGCACCCGUACGAUAUCUGCUGCUGUAUACAACAUGACGGUACAGGCCGGAGGUGUCAUUGGCGCAAACAUUUACCGUCAGGACGACAAACCGUUGUACCACCGAGGUAACAUGCAGAUCGUUGCCGUCAACUGUUUAGCCAUUGCACUUUAUGCACUGGCAAAGGCAUACUACGUUUACCGGAACAAGCAGAGAGAACAGAAGUGGACAUCUAUGAGUCAAGAGCAGAGAGACGACUAUAUUCAGAACACCACCGAUCAGGGUAAUAAGAGGUUGGAUUUCCGCUUUGCUCAUUGA